AUGAUAUAUUCCAAUUGCCCAUUACACUCUAAUUAUGAGCUUUAAUUCAUUAAAAUAAGGAAUCUAAGUGAAAUUGAUGAACAUAGUAUAUUUUAUUGCGCUACUUGUUUAGACUAAUUCAAAAAUUAAGAAAGUAAAAACUUUUUAUCAAUAUAGAGAAUUAUUUAAAGUAGCUAAGAUUAAAUAUUACAAAAAUGGCCUCCUUUAAAUGAUAAUAGCAUUUUAGAAGAUUUAGGUUCUAUCUUAAAUGGUUUAGGAAAUGAAAAAGAUUUGAUUGAAGAUUUGAAUUAAUUUUUUAAUUCAUUUCUCAUUUCAGUUCAAGAAAAAAUUAAUUCUAAAAAAGUUUUUUUCAUAAGCAAAUUAGAAUAGGCAUUCAAAGAUAAAAAAGAAAUGACAUAAAGAUAUUUUAAAAUCUCAAAAGUUGAUGCUCUAAAAAAUAUCUUAUAGAAUUAACAAGUAGAUUUAAUUACAAAAGAAAAAUAAUUAAAAGAACUGCUUUCUGUUGUUAACAAUGAAAUUAAUUUAAAUACUUAAAUUCUAAACUAAUUUGUUGAAAGCAUGAAUGUUAUUAAAUAAAUCAACAAUUUAAAUCUACAAAAUGCUCAAAAUCAAAUUCUUAAUUCUUUAGAUUGCUUUGGCAAUAUAAUUGAUGAAAAUGAAUAAUUAGAGUCUACAAUUAUGGCAGAUAAUAAAUAUAACUCAUAAAUAAUUAAGCCAUCUAUUUCCUAUGAUUCAUCUCUAGAAGAGCUUGAUAAAAUCUUAGAUUUUUCUAUUAUUAAUUCUAACAGUGAUAGCAAAAAUUUUUUAUAAAAAAGCAUUUAUAUAUAAAACAAAAUAAAUGAUUUAAUUUAAACUUCUUAAAUUAACUUUGUAGUUGACUCAACGUAUAAAAACGAAAAUGAAAUAAGAGCCCAAUAAAUUGAAUAAUUUGCAGAGUUAAAAUUCUAAGAUGAAGAAAAAGUUGUUCAAAAUCCAUAGCCUAAUGAAGAGUAAAAAAGCAUGUGCUUUACUUAUGAUUCUUGCAUUUCAAGUCUUAAUAAAAUACUCAAUUAUUUAGUUUAAAAUAAUUUAAUAGAAGACAAAAAGUUUUAGUUUAAUAAUCUCCAAUAAAAUGAUCUUUUGAAAGUAAUUGACUUUGCUACUCAUUUAUAGAAUUAAUAAAAUGAAGAAUCAUAUUUAAAAAAUGUAUAAAAAACAAAUCAUGUGAGAGUAUUAAAUGAUAUUAUAUCGGAAAAACUAUCAAGUAUUUUUAGUCAGAAUUAAAUAGAAAAUUAUUUGAUUGAAACAUUUCCUUCUCUUGUAAGUAACUUAGAUUCGGAAUUGCUAAAUACUUAUAAAUAGAACACUUCUUAAUUGAAAUACAAUCUCAUGCCUUUAAUAGUAUUCAAAUAAGCUACAAUGAAUAGAAAAUUAAAUCCUUUGAAUAUCAAAAAAUUGUCCAAUGGUGUAAUUCAAAUUAAAGCAACACAAAAUAAAUAUUACACUUAGUGUUUUUCAGAUGUAUUGUCUGCUAAUGCUAAACUUGUUUUCAGAUUUAAAAUUGAAUGCACAUCUGGCUUAAAAAAUCUUAGUUUGGGUCUUGUCUAUGAUAAAAUGGUUUGCAAUAAUGCUCUAAUCUGUGAAUUAGAUUGCUAACUAUCAUAUAAUAACAAUGAAUUGUUUGUUAUUGGAGGAGCUAUUUCUAAUUCUCGUAAAAAAUAAAAUACAUUAAUGAACUGCAAAAGCUCUUUGCUUGAAGUUAGAGUUCACUUGAAUAGCAAGCUACUAGAAGUUACCGACUUUCCUAACUACAAAAAUAAAUUUUCAUUACAUGAAUAAUUUAUAAAUAAGAUAAAUGAUAAAUAAUUGAGAUUAUUUAUUUAUCUGAAUAGCCCUUCCUUUACUAUUUAAUUACAGGAAUUUUUUGCUGUUAAUGAAUACUGA